AUGGCUCGAAAGGCAGCUGUGAAAUACCGCUCCCUGCGGUCCAAUCUCGUCCAUCUACCUUUAUCCCUGUUUGCUCAUUUGGCUCAACAGCAAGCGCGCCCUCAAUCCUUGAUUAUACACCUCUCACCCCUCUCGUCGUCCUCUUCCUCCUCUCGUCAACCGAAACCCGCAUAUCUAGGAUGGUCAGGUCUAGCAGCUGCCUCUUCGCUCUCCCAAGCUGGGGACGGCUUAGAGAGUAUAGAGGUAGAUCCUGAAGUAGCAAUGUCACUCGGGUGGCCAGAGGGUACCUUGGUUGAAAUCAGUAUAAUCCAUAAUCCCACGAGGGCCAAUUCAGUCUCUGUGACACCAUUAUCUUCGGAUGAUUGGGAGAUCCUUGAACAACAUGCUUCGUUCCUUGAGGAUCAUUUGUUAUCGCAAUUGAGAGCUGCACAGAAGGGACAAGAGAUAGAUGUUUGGGUGAUGGGCAAGACGAAAAUCAGGAUAAGAGUGGACGAGACUAACCCCUCAACGUCAACGAAAGAAGCUGUCUUGCUCAACAAUGAUACAGAAGUUUACGUCGCACCCAAACCGAGAGGCAUGAAACAACCCAAACAACAAGUGAUAGAACCUUCCGUCCUUGCGAAUGGAAUACAAAGUAGAUCAAACAAGCAGAUUAGUGCUGUUCGAUUACGGAUGAUUCCACCACGCGUAGUGUCUGAUUGGGGACACCUGAACAUACCAUCUACGACAACAGCAAGCCAAGUAGGAAUAUGCUCCUCUCAUACAGUGCAAAAGAUACGGCGAAAGUUAAGAUUGAAACCCUCGAUCUCAGAUGUCAAUGUGAGCUUGGAGCUAGACGACGAUGAAACGAAAGCGGAUACAGAGGAUCAGGAGAAGCAAGAUCUACCUAAGGGUGAGGGUGCGGAGAAGCAAGAAGGGAAGAGGCAAGUCGAUAUACAGCUUGUAGAAUGGGACGAGAUGCCUGAUGGGUAUAUAAGUUUGAUUGGCACAGCCGAAGAAUGGGAAAGUGCAUGGAGGAAUGUUAGAAUAACGCCGCUGGUAGGGACAAAGGGGAAGACGAGGAAGAAAGGGGUCGCUUUGGCUCUUCCGAAUCAACCUGCUUCCUCCAGUCUUCCGGGUACACAGCAUCUCAUCGAUGAUGCCACAACCUAUUUAUCUCGCACGUGGUCAACGCCCUCGAGUAGACCACUUCUGAUACAAGGAAAUAAGGGUUCAGGAAAGACCACAAUUGCCAAGAUUGUAGGGAAGAGAUUAGAAGCCGAUCGUAGGAUAUUAGCUGAACCCAUAUAUGCGGAUGUGGCCAAGCUCGAUCCCGAAAGUCGACUAACGACGCUGAAAGAAACGAUGUCAAGCUGGAUCGAGAACACUGAAACCAGGAGACCAUGCUGUUUAAUUCUCGAUGGGUUAGAUAACUUGAUUGGGGUAGAGACUGAGCUCAACUCCUCGUCCAAUCCUGCUAUAUUAGCUGAUCAUUUCUGUCGACUAUUUUCGCCUGCUUCGCUUCCACCCGACGUCUUGGUCAUUGUCACAGCGACGAACAUCACAACCUUACAUCCUAUGCUAACAGCUAAACACAUCUUCGGUCAAAUGCUAAAGAUACCACCGCUCACAAAGGAAACGAGACAAGAGAUUCUACAAUUACUGGUGGAACAUCAACCUUCUCCACAAACUCCCAAAAUCAACGGAGAUUCUGACCGAGAAGACGAUGUGGAUUAUGUUACAUUAGGAGGUAUGACUGAAGGAUACUCAAUCUCAGACUUGGUUGAUUUAGUGGGAAAUGCGGUUCAGCAAAGUAUCGUAAGAUCGAUAAAGUCGGGCGAUAAGCCUGAACUUACGAUGGAAGAUUUUACUCUGGCUCAAGAAGCUUUCAUACCCCUCAAUCUGAGAGGGGUAGCUUUGCAGAAGAGUGAUGUAAAAUGGAGUGAUAUCGGAGGCUUGCAUGAACCUCGUCGAUUACUCAGAGAGACUCUCGAAUGGCCUACCAAGUAUGCUCAGAUAUUCGCAAAUUGUCCAUUGCGACUACGAUCGGGCUUGCUAUUAUAUGGCUAUCCUGGAUGCGCUCCCAAGAGAGGACACGAUUCUACUGGAGUUACAGAUAGAGUUGUCAACCAGCUUCUUACCGAGAUGGAUGGUGCUCAAGGUUUAAGCGGAGUAUAUGUCUUAGCCGCAACAUCUCGACCGGACUUGAUCGAUCCCGCUUUGCUUCGUCCCGGUAGACUGGACAAAUCCAUCUUGUGUGAUAUGCCUACGCCGUCCGACCGAAAAGAAAUAUUACAAUCGGUAGCUAAGAAAUUACAUUUGGCAAAUGAUGUAGACUGGAAUGAGCUUGGUGAAAGAACCGACGGGAUGUCUGGAGCGGACUUACAGGCUGUAGUGUAUAACGCACAUUUGGAAGUUGUGCAUUCCACUUUGGACAGUAUGACUAUGAAUGGAGAUGUUAUUAUGAAGGGAAAAGGGAAAGUGAAAGAAAAUGGGAUCAGGGGAGAUGGGGAUCAAAAGAAUUAUAGACAACUUACACCUAAGGAAGAGGAUGGGAAUGCUGCGGUUAGAUCGGAAAUGAUCAAUAGGAUGGCGACUAUAGGGAAGAAUGCAAAGGGACAGGGACAUGAUAAGCCCGAUGCAUUGAAAGACAAGCAGGAGGCCCAAAAACCAACAAUUCAUCAUCAUCAUCUCCUCGCCUCACUCGAAAGCACUCGUCCGUCAGUGUCCCCCGCUGACAGACGGAGAUUACAAAUGAUAUAUCGUUCAUUUAUAAGUGAUCGGGACGGGAAGAUGGGGGAUGGUGAUUUAGGUAGAGGUACAGGGACAAGAAUGAGCUUGAUGUGA